GCUGUGAAGUGAAGAGGUCAAGUGACUGAAAGAAAUGAACUUUAUCAGGCCUUUCUCCUGGUUUUGCCAAUAAAGCUGAGGGGACAGUUGUAAGACGGUAUGGCUGACUGGAACUUGUUAGGGAAGCUGCUGGAAAGUGCUCAAGAGCACUCCACUGUAGUGGGCAAAGUCUGGCUGACGGUGCUGUUCAUCUUCCGCAUCCUGGUGCUGGGGGCUGCUGCUGAGAAGGUGUGGGGCGACGAGCAGUCCAGCUUCACGUGCGACACCAAGCAGCCGGGUUGUCAGAACGUCUGCUAUGACACGACCUUCCCCAUUUCUCACAUCCGCUUCUGGGUGAUGCAGAUCAUCUUUGUCUCCACGCCCACUCUCAUUUAUCUUGGUCAUAUCCUUCAUUUGGUCCGCAUGGAGGAGAAGGAGAAGCAGAAACAAAAGGAGCUUGAAGACCAGCAGCAAGUAUUCUGCCAUAAGGACAAAAAGCCCUCAGUUAAAGACAAACAGGGCCACGCACGUUUACAAGGUGCGCUACUGCGGACCUAUGUCUUCAACAUUAUUUUUAAGACCCUGUUUGAGGUUGCGUUUAUUGUAGCUCAGUAUUUUCUAUAUGGGUUUGAGCUCAAGGCCAUGUACACCUGCGACCGCUGGCCUUGCCCAAACAUGGUGAAUUGCUACAUCUCCCGCCCCACUGAGAAGACAAUCUUCAUCCUUUUCAUGCUGGCUGUGGCCUGCGUCUCACUGCUGCUCAACCUGGUGGAAAUGUACCAUCUAGGUUUUACAAAGUGCCACCAGGGUCUUCGUUACAGGAGUUCAAAAGCCGCACGUGAAGGUUCCAAAGCCCUGAGUGAGCCGUUCAUGCCCUUUGUCCCAAACUAUAACUACUUUGGAGGUCAUUCUGCUGUGCCUGAACUUUUCCCUACAGACUCAAAGUACAGCAUGCCAGAGCCAAACUCUGCUUACAGCCCCUACAACAGCAAGGUGGCCUACAAGCAGAACAGAGAUAAUAUGGCUGUGGAGAGGAAAGGCAAAGCGGAAGAAAUUGAUACAAAGGGGAGAAAAAUCUCCAGUCCUGUCCUUGAGAUGUCCAUCGAAAAUCAGCGCAGAAACAGUCAGUCAAGCAAGCACAGCAACUUCAAGAGCAGGAUGGAUGACCUGAAGAUCUAA